AUGGAGCCAAGGGAUCUGGUUGGCUCGGCCCGACCCAAAGAGGUGGAGUUACAGGGAGGCAGGGUGGGGCCAAAUGAAGAGGACCGGGAUGGAGCACGAGGAGCACAUGGCCUGGUGUGCGGCGAUGACGUGAUUAGCGGUGCCACCAGUGAAGGGGAGGGGCUUGAGGAGCAGGGGGAGGGGCUUCUGGAGGAGCAAGAGUUCUCCAUCAAGGAGGCAAGUUUCCAGGAAGGAAGUCUAAAGCUGAAGAUCCAGACCACCAAGCGCACCAAGAAGCUCCCCAAGAGCCUUGAGAACUACAUUUGCCCGCCAGAGAUCAGGAUGACCAUCAGGCCUCCAGUUGGAGAAGGCAAAGCAGGGCGUCAGGGACGAGCGGGAGCAGGCCGGGGCCAGAAGGACGAAGAGCGAGGACCCCCCAGAAAAAGGACAUACGAGCGCCAGUUCAGAAUGCCUGAGCAGCGAGAGGGAGGCCUGCUGCAACUACUGGGAGAUCACACUCCACCCAAACACCAGCUUCGCAGCUCCCUCCUUCCUGCACACACACUCACACACACACAGCAAACACUCACUCAACAAUUCCAGCAUACACACCAACACCAGAUCAGUCGAGACUGGAUCACGUCUACGGCACCUUCUGCGUCCCCGGCAAAUCCUGCAGAUUCUGAGCCAGCCAGAGAGCUGUCAGGUGCCGGUAGGACCACGUUGCUCGAUUCCAACCAACCCUUCUUACGAAUGGCGACACAGAGCCCCUCUCCUCAGAGAUCACUGACUCCAGACCUGCAGUUGCCAGUGGUUACAGAUGCCAGUAUUCUCAACCUGACGUCUCUCAGCAGGGGGAGGGGUUUGCAAGAGGUCAGCGAACAGCUCUUUGGGAACAUCAAGAGGAAGUACGGCAGGAAAGACUCCCAGAGGAUGCUCUGUAACCCCCACAGUGCUGAUUCACCAUGGGGAAGACAGACAGAGAAGGGGUCGGAGAGCCCAACUAAUUCAGAAGAGAGGCAGAAGUACAGGCAGGAGGAGACAGCUGAGCGGUUCCAUGAAGAAAGAGAGGAAAGGACAAAAGAGGACAGGGAGCGAGCAAUUGCUGGGAGGAAAGGAGAUGAAGAAGACAGAGGGAUGCACAUGCUGACAGAGGAAGGGAAAGGAAGAAAGAGGCGGAGGAGGCCCUCUUUUGACAAGUCAUUUUCUGUAGUGGAGCAGACACAACGGCAAGACACUGACUCUGCAGACAAGCACCAGCCGGGGCCCCCAGAACCCAAAGUAGCACAUAAGAUGGAGACUCACAAAAAUGAUUCUCGUCUCACAAGUCAAGCUGAUGUCAGUGGAGAGAGGGUGGAAAAACCAGAGAGAGUAGAUAAAGGCGAUAAAAGAGAAAAAGGAGAUAGGGCAGACAGGGUGGAAAGAGGAGAGACACUUAAAGGCAGACCUGACCCAGAGUCAGCUCUCAGUGCAAACAGAAUGAGAAAGAACCCUGUGGGUCGUCCUAAAAUCAGCACAGACAUCCUUAAACACAGAGAAUCCACUCACAAUCUUAUCAACAAACCCAUUCUUAACACAAACACCAGACUUCCAAGCCCAAAUCCCAGCCCCAGCCCCAGGGGUAGCAUCAGUCCUAGCCCCAGCCCUAAAUACAGAGCUAACAUCAGCCCCAGCCCCAGCCCUAGAUCCAGGAUGGCCCUGAGUCCUAGCCCCAGCCACAGCACCAGCUCAACAGCCAGUUCCAGACCAACCAAGGCCAAGGACAGAUGGUCCUACCUGAAAGCUAAAAGCCAUGCCAGCCUCACGUCACCCCAGAGAGACAACCGGGGUAGCCCAUUGACCCUAACAGACCCACCCUCAGCGUUUCCCAUCACGCCCUCUAGCCCCCUUUACACCAACACUGACAGCCUGACCGUCCACACGCCCAUCAAGAGGAAACGAGGGCGCCCCAAGAAGCAGCCACUCCUGACAGUGGAGACCAUCCAUGAGGGCACGUCCACAUCUCCUCCAAGUCCACUGGCACAAGAAACAUCAGCAGGGCUAAAUAGUAGGAAGAAGACGCACACAAUGAACACAUUAGUGCAAAUGGCAUCUGCGACCACCAGUGCCAACUCUAACAGUCUGAAACUGAAGCGUGGUAGGGGCCAUUGCAGGCCAGUGAAUAAGAUAAAGCUGGGGAAAAUGCAGAGCAUCCUGAACGAGAUCCUUUCAGGUUCCAGUCAGAAUGGCAGUCUGCCUCUGAAGUCAUCUUCUGCCCCCGUUACCUCAGCAAUGAGCGCCAUGGCAUCCACCAUUGAGGCUCGACUGGGGAAACAGAUAAAUGUCAGCAAGAGAGGAACCAUCUACAUCGGUAAGAAGAGAGGGCGAAAACCCAGAGCAGAAACCCAAGGCUCCAACCCUAACAAAACCACUAGGGACAAGCUUCCGCUCUCUGUCUCCACAGCCAGUCUCUAUGAGAGCCCUGUAGUGCCUUCCACCACCAUGUCUCCCAGCUCCAGUGCUCCAUCCAUGAGAGCCAGCCACCCGGAUACCACCAUGCCCAGUUUGCAACCCAUCUCAGCCCUGACCUCUAAGCUGCCCACCAGGGGCUUCCUCUCAGGAGGGUGGAAACUCUCUCCUCCACGCCUUCUGGCAAAUUCUCCCUCCCACCUGUCAGAGGUGGCAUCAGUGAAGGAGGUGACCCUGUCUCCCAUCAGUGAGUCCCACAGCGAGGAAACGAUUCCCAGUGACAGCGGGAUUGGGACAGAUAACAACAGCACCUCAGAUCAAACAGAGAAGGGUUCCGCCUCAAGACGCAGGUACUCAUUUGAUCUGUGUGGGUUUGAGGCUGUGGAGGCAGCAGCUCUGGAAGCAUCUAACAGGGGCAGCAGAACACGCUGUGAACGACAAGUUACUGCUGUCGACAACUUCCUGUCACAGCAGGAAAAAAAGCAAAAACAUCAUCGGCGGAAGAGGAAGUGCCUACAGAGCCGGGAUCAUCUUCACUUUCUCUCUGAACUGGAGGAGGUUGUGGUGAAGCUCCAGCAGCUCAGAGUGUCUCACAGACGAUACACCUGCUACCCACAGCACCCAUAUCCCUCCAUCUUCCGCCUCAACUUCCAUCAUUACUACCCAGUUACUUAUGACUCCUACCCCUGCGACUCUAGCGCUUACCUCCGCAGGAGUGCCGACCUGAAGGCAAAGAGGAGACGCGGCCGUCCAGCCAAAGUCAGCGAGCCAAUCACAUCAAAGCUGCCUUUUGUUCAAGGAUAUAGUUAUCCACUGGCAGGGGGAAAUUUCUAUGCAGCACCGUAUGCGAUGCCUUAUGCACCUCCUCUGAGUCUGGGCUACUAUCCCCCUGCUGCCCCAUUUUACCUACCCCACCAUUCACUAGGACCUGCACCUCCAUCUCCCUUCAUGAGGCCUGCUGUCCCCCCUCCCAAGGCUUUCCACUCCAGUGGACACGCCAAGCUUCAGGCAGGGGCCAAGCUUCGCAGCACCAGUGGGCCACUCCAAGGGCCCUCUGUAAGGGGAGAGGGCCUUGGCUCCCUGGGCAGUGGCAGUGCAGGUGGUCUUGCGGGGGUUCGUCUCCAUAAGAGGAAACAUAAGCACAAACAUAAGCACAAAGAUGAACCCCUCCUUUCACCGCGAGACCGUCAGGAGUUGGGCGGGCUCUUCAGUGGAGCGAAGACCACUGCACGUCUCAGCAUGCUGAGCGACAGGAGGGACUUGUCCAGUCAGGGGUCUGCAAAGCAUCUAGAGAAGCAGAGGGGCAUCAGUAGAGGCUCAAGCCUGGGCUCCAGCUUAGGGAUGUUUGAGUCAGACCAGCUGUCCACACACUCUCUCGUUGACAGCCAGUUACACUCCCGUCAGACUGGACAGCCUAUAAACAGCUUCAUGAGCAGCUAUAGCAGCCAAUCGCAGCGAUCAGAGUCUGCCUCUGAUCUCUUUUUGGGGUCACGGGAGGACGAGUGCGGUGGGAGGAGCAGGAAGACGAGGCUCGCUGUGUUUGGAGAUCAGGGCUUAAUGUCAUUCCAAACUGCCAGGCAGGAGCCGGGACAGAUGAACCAGUGCUCCAGUCCCUCCCUUACUGGUGUUCCCAGUAAACGGAGGUAUAAACGCCGUGAGGUGGAACAGAUCCAGAAGGACGUCAGGAGAAUGCAUUCUUUGAACUUUGAGCAUGUGCAGAAGAUCCUCCGUGCCAAGCGCCUACAGCGACAAGCUAAAACAGGAAAUAAUGUCGUCAAGAGACGGCCCGGACGGCCCCGAAAGCAACCCCUAGAGGAAUUGGAGCCGACCAGUAGGAGGGAGGAGGAUCGGGCUGAUGUUCGGAGUUUGGACAUGUUGGUGAGCAGGAGAGGUGAUGGGAGGACCCUGGGGAUGCCUGUUCUGGAGAGGUGUGAUGACCUGCCAGGAAGGCAGAGCCACAGGCCAAACAUGGCCCCUGAGCCUCUGGAGUUCUCCAACCACGAUUCCAUCUCAGCAACGAUUGAGACGGUGGUCCAUCAAGCGCGGUCGGUGGCUCUGCUGGCCAAAGGGACGAAACGCAGAGGCAGGGGCCACAGCAGGGAUGAACUAUGGGAUCCGUCCAGUCAAUAGACCUGCAAAAAAGAGCACGGAGAGCAGUUAGCGAAGUCUGUGCUGUUUCAAGCCUAUCAGAUGCAGUGUUAUCUUGAUUGUGGGACUCCUCUGUGCACUUUGACUUGUUUCUUCUCUCGGACUUGAGGACUACAGUGGGUCAGCGGAGGAGCAAGAGGUGGGAACACUUCCAGUGCCAUCCGUCUGUCCACUUAAACCCACCAGAAGAUGAGCCUUUCAAGGAUUGAUUGGACCUUCAUUUACAAUGGCACUAUAUGGUACAUUUGAUACUGAAUCUGAUGCUAUAAAAGUGUGUGGUACUUAUGAUAGAGUAGGAUAUUAUGUGAUUCUUUAUGUAUCUGAUACAGUGACGUGUAUGGUACUUUAUGAUACUGUAUCUGAAUUGUGGCUUUAGCCAUAUAUUUACCAGCAAGGGGAGGGGGAAUGGUUAAUAUAAAACUGUGCAGCUCUGCUUAUAUUUGCCUUUCUGAGGAAGCUUGUCAAAGACGUGGAAUAAUACAGCAGUAAUUAAGCCACCUUACCCUGUUAGCUAUCCCUGUUUUUGCUCCCCCUAUACCGUGAACCUAUACCUUAUUUGUUUUUCUGCUCUCUCUGAGAAGUAACUCGUACUUCCUGGCAGCUCCUCACCCCUGGUCCCUGUCCCUGCUUGACUCUCACCACAUUUCUUUAGCCCUCCCUGGUGCCUGCUGCUUGACUCCAUCUCCCUUUGUCCUCUCGUCUGCUCCCAAUCAUGUUUUGCAUCUCCCAUUGCUUGUGCUCCCUCAGCAUACCCCCCGUCUCAUUUGUUUCUCCCUCCCUGCUCAGGCUUGUCCAGGGCAGUGAGAUAAAGGCAAUAUGGUGGAUGAGACUGUCCCAGACUGUACAUAGAAACAAAGUCCACUGUUGCCUGCCUUGUACAAUGGGAAACCAGCUCAUAGACAUGUACUGGCAUACAGUAUAUCAAAUAGAAUUGUUGUACCAUAGACAAUGAAAGUUGUGUAUUGUUUUAUAACCAAAAACAGACGUGGGUGCGACUCAAGACAAGUUUGUUUUCAGACAGAAGGAACCACAUGUAUUCAUUCAUACACUCUUACAUUAUUUUGUUUAUAUCCAGGGGGCAUUGCAUACAGGAGGAAUAUCAGGUGUGUUUUCGGUAAACCUUAAAAUUGGUUUAAUGCACUAUGAAAAAAACCAUACACUUGCAUCAAUCAAAUGCAGCACUUACAUGCUUGUUCCAGCCUUAUGUUUUGGCCUUCGAUGGUGUGGACAUCCAUUCCAGAGAGCAUGCAUUAUUUUAAUCAAUUUGUAUAUGCAGGCUGCGCAGCCAAAAGCGUCAAACCCAAGCCCCGGUCUGAAAUGUGAUUGGACAGUUCAGCAGAAGUGGGCUCUCAGUCAGUGUUUUGAGAAGCUAAUCCCAGUCUUUCUACUUAAUAUGAUUUUCAAUCCAUAGCCUUGGAAAUAUUUUUGGAAAGUAAAAUCUAGUGUUUAGGUUUAGAAACCAAAGUCUCAGUAUUCAGUGUAAGGACGUUUUAUUCAAAAAUAAUCUGAGUUUAACAAACUCUCACCAUGUUGGCACCAAUGUAAAGCAUUCCUUCGUGCACUCUAGAAUGUAGCCAUCUUGGAUUUUUGUGUCAAUGUGUUGAACAUUUGUUAAACUCUAUCUACAGUAUAUGUGGCUUUGGUUAGUGGUUGGUAUUUUCUCAAAAAAGUAUUUCAGAAUAUAAAGCAAUGGAUCAGUGUUUCUGUCAGAGUUUGGUUUCAGGAGAUUUUGCUUUCUUUCGGUGGGGUGGGACUCUCAGUUGCAGCAGUUCAACUUGUGCCUUAUGUUUCUUUCUCUCACCAAUUUACAUUUGACCCAAGAAAAAUCAAGUGGCAAAAGACUGCCCCAGAAAUUGAACCAUAUAGAUAUAGAUAUAGAUAUAUAUAUACUCAUGAUUGUGCAUAUGACACAUGUGUCUUAGUCAUCAGAACCCUGCCACUGCCCGUGUCCCUUCACAGCUUUCAUAGUCAGCAUCCUCUGUCACCGGACACCAAGCUGCUCUCCCAGCUUCCCUCUAGUUUUGUCGUCAUCUUAACAGAAGUAAAAGGGCUGGACUGGUGAGGAUAUUAUAAUAUCACUGUUUUAAAUACACAUCAUGUACUGACCUACAUGCAGUGUUGGAAGCAGAAAGGUCCACUGCAUCAGAUGUGUUGCAAUCCAGUGAUAUUGAUUCUACACAGUGUCCCAGAUAAUUAAAGAUCAUGUACUCUGCCCAACAUACAACCAGUUAAAUAUGACAUAUAACUGUUAUAUACUUGGCAGAGGAGGGACAGAGGAGGGACAGAGGAGGUUGUUAUGGACACCACGUUCUCAUACAUUGUUGUUUGCUAUGCAUCAGGCCGUGCCUGGCAAUGACCUUAAGAGGAAUUUCUGUUCUGAGUCCACCCUUAGGCAAAGAGAAAUAAGUGGUCUUAUUUACUGAAUAAAAUGAAUUCAUGUAACAAGAGUUGUGAAUAAUACCAGUAAUAAUUUGUAAUAAGUUGUGCAGAAAGUGACUAUCAUUUCAUGGAAACUAUAGUUACUGCAGCUCUAUGCAGUACAGCCUUAACCAGAUGUAAAACUACAGUAUUGAAGUGUUUGUUGUAAAUAGUGUUAGUACGUCCAUCCUGCAUGGAUAUCGGUUGGGCUCGGCUAUGCUGGGAAUGUCUCCUAAAACCACAGUAGACCUCCUCUCUCGAUACAGACUGCCCAAGAAAACAUGUUGAAAUGAUGACCCCCAAAUUAUUUUCCUAUUCGACAAAUUCUGCUGUACAUUGGCAUUCUUCAAAAUGCCUCCUCACACCUUUGAACAAUGUUUGGAGGAUGCAAACCCCACUGUAGUGCAUUCGACCAAAAAUAGGAAUCUCCACUGACUUGCAGCUACUUUGCCUGAGGCAAGUUGGGGUAGUGCAGUAACAUGAAGAGUAAGCAAGAGGCUUGUGUGUGUGUUUGUGUUUGUGUGUGUGUGUGUGUAGCGGGGGAGUUCUCAGAGGAAACAGCCAAAAAUACACUUGUCCUAACGUAAGUGUGCUUAACCUUGCUCGGCUAGAUGACUUUCAGUGGGUCGGCAGUCUGUUGUGAUGGAGAUGAGGUCUAGCUCUGUGGUCCAUGAGGUUUAGAGACUAAACGCUUGGCAGCUUACUCCUCCAUACUGUGGUCACUCAGUGGUCUCUGAUGUAACAGUUAAAGACCCCAAGGUGUUGUCUGUUCUGUCCGUCUCUCCUUACCAGCCAAUGCUCCGGUGCCUUCUAACACUGACAAGUAUUGUCCCAAUCCAGAGCUUUCACUCCACACAGAGACUGCAGAGGGAAUGUGGCUGUGAGAAGGGUUCAAGGUCACUGUUGUUGUGUUGAGCAGCCAAUCUGGACCGGCUGCCACAGGAGGCCCCUCAACACUGAUGGAAGGAUCUUUUCCCUUGUCUUUGGUGUGAGCGUCAAGGGCAGAGCAGCAGUGUUUGAUCUUAAACCAGACCCAUUCCCUACAGCAACCAGGAUGAGAUAUAACAGCACCAAAAUUUUGAUCACCCCCCCCCCUCCAUUCCCUGUGUAGCAUGCUGUGAUGAGUGUCCUACAAACGGGGUGAGGGGUCACGUGAGACAGAGCCUCAUAAAUGUACAUGUUGUCAUCCUCACAGCAUAUGUUACAGUUCUAAGCUAUAAUGUUGUUCAAAGCUGAAAGUGCAGACGAAACAUUGAGAAAAACCAAUAAACGUACUUCUUUAGAGCACAAAGUGAGCUCUUCUAACAGUGUGGGCAUAUUUUAGUUUGUAUACAUAGUGUAUUUGAACCUUUUCUAGAGUGGGUUUCCUUUAUUUGCAUGCUCAACUUGAUUGUAUGCAUAAAUAUUUUAGACAAGCUGAAAGUUGAAUUUCAAUUGAAUUUGGAGCAAGACUUGUACAUUGUUUGAUAUGUUUCUUUUUGUAAUGAAUUUUUUAAUUCAUGAAGCAUUUUUGUACAUUGUAUGAAUAUUAAAAACUGCAAAUAUUUGACAUAUAGAGUAAAUACUAGAUGCGCAUGCAUAUGCAUAUAUCCUUCACAGUAUGUAUGUGUAAAUGUACACAUAUAUUUUGUAUUUGCAUUUGCUGGCAUACAGAUAUAUGUCUUAAGCACAUAUAUACAUGCAAUAUAUAUGUAUAUCCAUGUCCGCUGGCAUGCUUUUGGUCAUGUUUAUCUUCCAUGAUCUUGUAGGUUCAUUUUUUUGUUUGUUUGUUUUUUUUUAUUUCUCUUUCCUGCAGAAAGAAAAGCUCAUUCUUUUGCUACCCUUCUGUUGGCUGGCAGCGUUGAGCACUUAUUAAGAAGAACUACAGUUGAAGUUGUUCAUGUUAUCCAUUGUGUGAAAUAAUAAAUGACUUUAUUGACAGCU